AUGACGUUGAAAAUUGUGGGAGCAAGUCUCUUCAUAUUGGCCGUUACGCUCGUUUUCCGUCUCCUGCAAUUGCUGCCGGCCCACUUCAGGAUCCAAUGGAAGGAUACGCUCUCUAGACAAUAUGCUGCGACGCUCCAUUUCCUCGCUGAUGACCUGCAAGAAUCUUGUCCGGCCAUUUCACACCAAUAUCACCACGACAUCCAUGGUGAUGAGUUGUGGCAGACAAAGGAAUCGGUUCAUCAGAAGCACUGGAUGUCCAGUGCGCUCGAUAUCAAUGUAUUCCGCGUGCCGUCACCCUCUCCAGCAUGUGGAGAAUCGAAAACAUACUCACGCCCCAACACCCUGUUGAACUCUUUAAUAUACCCCUACAACCGCUGGCGCACCGAACACCAGAAACGAAAAGAACACUCACUUCCAUACUCCAAAGUCCCUCGAUCAGAAAAUCCUUCCCAAAAAACACGGACAAAUCCACCGCAACAUAUCAAUUUCUACCGUGUUAACAGCGGUAGCGACACCAAUAAUAAUCCAAACCUGUCAACCCGUCUAGAAACAUCACUCAACUCAAAGCCACUCUCCGACCCAUCAACGGCAGACCGUUUCUCCUCGCCAGAUAUCAAAAGUGCCCCACGGCCCGUCUAUCCAUCCAGCCUAGGGCAAGAUCAACUAUAUCCUCUGUACAAGUCGAACAACGCUUCCUCCAUCCCUUCUACGCGAAUCGACUGA